AGAUGGCGAUACGCUCAAUGCGGAAGGCGCGUGGGUGCUGGAGCUUCAUCCGGGCACUUCAUAAAGGACCCGAAGCUGGUCAGACUCCCCAGAAAGAUGCUGUGAAGCGAGUAUUCUCUGGCAUUCAGCCUACAGGAAUCCCCCACCUCGGCAAUUACCUGGGAGCCAUUGAGACCUGGGUGAGGUUGCAGGAAGAGCAUGGCUCAGUGCUGUACAGCAUCGUUGACCUACACUCCAUCACUGUCCCCCAGGACCCGGCUGUCCUUCGGCAGAGCAUCUUGGACAUGACUGCUAUUCUUCUCGCCUGUGGCAUAAACCCAGAGAAGACCAUCCUUUUCCAACAAUCUCAGGUGUCUGAACACACACAAUUAAGUUGGAUCCUCACCUGCAUGGUCAGAUUACCCCGGUUACAGCAUUUACACCAGUGGAAGGUGAAGAUUGCCACGCAGAAGCAUGGCGGGACCGUGGGCCUGCUCACGUACCCGGUGCUCCAGGCAGCCGACAUCCUGUUGUACAAGUCCACACACGUUCCUGUCGGGGAGGAUCAAGUCCAGCACAUGGAGCUCGUUCAGGAUCUAGCACGAGAGUUUAACAAGACGUAUGGGGAGUUCUUCCCGGUGCCCAGGUCCAUUCUAACAUCGCUGAAGAAGGUGAAAUCCCUCCGUGAUCCUUCUGCCAAAAUGUCCAAAUCGGACCCUGAUAAACUGGCCACGGUCAGGAUAACAGACAGCCCGGAGGAGAUCGUGCAGAAAUUCCGCAAGGCUGUGACGGACUUCACGUCGGAGGUGACCUACGAGCCAGCGCGCCGCCCCGGGGUCUCCAACCUGGUGGCCAUUCACGCGGCGGUGGCCGGCCUCCCCGUGGAGGAAGCGCUGCAGCACAGCGCGGGCGUGGACACCGCUCGCUACAAGCUCCUGGUGGCCGACGCCGUGAUUCAGAGGUUUGCUCCAAUUCAGAGGGAGAUUGAAAAACUGAAGACCGACAGGGGCCACUUAGAGAAGGUUCUCCAGGUGGGCUCAGCCAAAGCCAAAGAAUUAGCCCAUCCCGUGUGCCAGGAGGUGAAGAAAUUGGUGGGGUUUCUAUAGGAAGCUUCCCUGCGUGGCAGAAAACCUUUUAUGUCUUGUGGCCUGUGCACACCUAUUAAUAAAGGCAGCUUUCCUCACAAAUGAAAAAUGAUGGCUUGGGGACACCUAAUUUUGGUACACAUGAUUAUUGGCUUCAUUCGUCAAUAAGAAUUUGUAACUCUCAGGGGCACCUGGGUGGCUCAGUGGGUUGAGCGUCUGCCUUCCGCUCAGGUCAUGAUCCCAGG